ACAAGCACAACAUGAGUCCCGGCAGCAUCUCCCCCGAGCUGACCAGUGUCCCGUCCACCGUGGCCCAGAGGAAACACGCCCACGCGCUUAGAAGGACUCUCAAACCUCUUUUGGAGAAGAGAAGACGCGCGCGCAUUAAUGACAGUUUGAGCCAUUUAAAGAGUCUCAUCCUGCCGCUCGUCGGCAAAGACAACUCCCGCUACUCCAAGUUAGAGAAAGCGGACAUUCUGGAAAUGACGGUCCGCUUCCUCCGAGACCUUCCAGCCUCUCCCGAUAAAGACCCCGCAGAAAGCUACAAAGAAGGCUACAAAGCUUGCCUCCAGAAAGUCUCGGCUCUGCUGCCCGGGACGAGCCUGCUGCAGGACCGGGACGCGUGUCAGCGCGUCACGGACUUCGUGCAGCGCGGCAUGUGCGCCACACUCACACCGGCGUGUCUCAACUGCCGCGCGCAGACUUCCAGGAGCUUCCCGCGCGUCCAACAGCGGCCCUUGAGCCUCAAGUCCGGCUUCGGCUCAGCGAGGCCGGAGAGCGGCUCUCUUCAGUCCCAGCCGGCGGCCCCCAGUCGGCCGGCGCAGCAACUACAGCCCGAUAACGCCAGCGCGCCCAUGUGGAGGCCCUGGUAGAUGUCCUUUAUUUAAUAUUAAAGUCAUCCAGCACAGAUGGAAACCAAAAAAUAUAUAUACAUCGCAAUCCUCUUUGGGGUUUCAAAGGCACGGGUUGUAUAAGCAACACUUUUUGUAAAACCCCAAGGGUUACCAAGUUGGAGGUUUGCACGAAGGGACUUAAAAGUAUUUUGGUCUG